AUGGUCCUUACAAAGCUCAAGAAUAUAGGCAGAGGCUUCUCCUCUCAGGGAAAAGAGCCACAACAGCCUGCACUCGUGGUCAAGGCCAAUAUCAUACAAGCCAAAGACCUCACUGCCAAAGAUAGAUCAGGCAAGAGCGACCCAUACCUCGUCCUUCGACUCAAUAAUGCGAAAUACACGACAAAAGUCAUCAGCUCAAAUUUGGAUCCAAUUUGGAACGAAGAAGCCGAUCUCAGCAUCAGCCAUAAUGCACGCGCCUAUUUAAUCGAGGCAACCUGCUGGGAUAGAGAUCGCUUCACACGCAAAGACUACCUCGGUGAAUUCUCAGUCAACUUGAAGCACCACUUUGAAUCCAUGUCUGUUGCGAAAUUAGAAACACAUGCGCGAUGGUAUCCAUUGAGUUCGUUUCGUCAUGGUAGGCGUUCUAAGACUGUUUCUGGAUCAGUCGAAGUAGCAAUCUGGCUUGAAGAUCCAAGCAAUCCAGAAGCCACACCUGAAGAGCUUCGCGCGCUAUGGCUCGCAUUGACACGAGAAAUCGAGGGACAAGUGGGUGCUGCGAUUGCCAACGCACCACCGGAUGAACCAGUGGGUAUGCGUAUGGCUGAAGAUGAAGAUUCGUCAGAUGAGCCAUUCCUUUCUGCGGACGAAGGAGUCGAUGAAGGCUUCGAUGAUGUGGCGAGCUUGGCUUCUGAUGUUUCACAACUCGAGGUCCUUGAUUCAGAUCUCGACAAUGCCUCUGAGCUAGACUUGACACAGCCCAAUGUCAAGGCUACCAAGACUUCUCGUCGCAAGAAACGCCGAUUACGGCGUGCAAAAAGCAAAAAGCCAUUCCAUUUCAAAACCUCAGCAGAUGGCGACGUGCUUGGUGUUGUCUUUCUUGAAAUUGAAUCUGCCAAGGACCUACCAAAAGAGCGCAACCUCACCAAAACAGGCUUUGACAUGGAUCCAUUCGUCAUUACCAGCUUUAGCAAAAAGACCUUUCGGACGCGCGUUGUACGACACUCGUUGAAUCCAGUGUUUGGCGACAAACUCCUCUUUCAGGUGCACAAACACGAAGCGGGAUACAACCUCAAGUUUACCAUUGUCGAUCGAGACAAGUUUAGUGGCAACGACCUCGUUGGUGAAGCAGUGAUGAAUGUGCAAGAGCUGAUGGAGAUUGGUCCUCACAAGGAUGCAGUCACUGGACUUUACAGGCUGCCUAAAACUGCUGCAGUCAGCGUCUCUGAUGCACCAGAGAAACGCCGUCUGCUUGGCCUGCGACGUCCAAAGCAAAAGCAGGCGUCUCAGGAUGAGGAGGAUGAUGAAGAAGCAGUUGACAAUAUGGCACCUUUCGAUCUGCCGCUGACGCUUGCUCGCAAGGACUUUUGGCAAGACAGGCACAAGCCAACGCUCCAAGUCAAGGCGAAGUUCAUGCCAUACCCUGCUUUGCGACAGCAGUUUUGGCGCGUCAUGCUCAAGCAUUUCGAUUCAGAUGAAUCUAACAGCAUCUCCAAGAUUGAAUUGACCACAAUGCUUGAUUCGUUGGGCGCAACGCUCAAAGAUAGCACCGUGCAGUCCUUCUUUGAUCGUUUCUCGCCCGUGCGCAGUAUCGACAAUGACGCUAACGCUAUUGACGGGCAGACACUGACUGUCGAUCAAUGUGUUAUCUGCCUCGAGGACAUCCUGAACCACAUGACUGCAAAGGGUGACAGUAUUGCCAACAAGACACAUUCCUCGUCUUCAUCCUUUGUCAGUCGCACUUCUAUGCCAUUGCCUAAACGCCAAUCAUCACGAGACACAACACGGCCUGCAUCGCCUGCACUCAGUAAAUCAUCAUCACGACCGCCAAGCAUCAAGACGAGCGACAAGCCUCCCUCGGAAGAUACGCUCGCAGAGGUGGAUGGACAAGAUGAAUACCUCAUUUCUCUUACCCAAUGUCCGCUUUGUCAACGCGCCAAUAUAGAUCGCAAGAGUGCAGUCGAUAUUGUCACCCAUCUUGCUACCUGUGCUAGUCAAGAUUGGCGCAAAGUCGAUCACCUCGUCAUGGGCGACUUCAUUACACCCUCCCAAGCACAGCGGAAAUGGUACACAAAGAUCAUUUCAAAAGUCAGUUAUGGCGGAUACAAACUUGGUGCUAAUUCAGCCAAUAUUCUGGUUCAAGACCGCAUUACGGGUCAGGUACAGGAAGAGCGUAUGUCUGUGUAUGUACGUCUCGGUAUUCGCUUGCUCUACAAAGGCAUGAAGAGCAGUCGUAUGGAGAGUAACCGUAUUCGACGCAUGCUCAAAACAAUGAGUAUCAAGCAGGGCAUCAAGUACGACAGUCCGAGCUCUGCCAAGGAUAUCAAACCUUUCAUUGCAUUUCAUCGACUCAACAUGGAUGAGGUGCUGGACCCUGUUGACUCGUUCAAAAGCUUCAAUGAGUUCUUUUACCGCAAGCUGAAACCAGAUGCACGACCUUGUACCGCACCAAAUGAUCCACGUAUCGCUGUAUCGCCUGCAGACUGUCGCUCUGUCGUCUUCAAUACGCUGACCUCGGCCACUGAAAUCUGGGUCAAGGGUCAACAAUUCUCCAUUGCAAGACUCUUUGGUGAUGCAUACCCGGAAGACGUCGCUCGAUUUGAGAAUGGCUCGUUCGGCAUCUUUAGGCUUGCUCCACAAGACUACCAUCGCUUCCACAUUCCUGUCGACGGUACGCUUGGUAUACCAAAGACCAUCGAGGGACAAUACUACACGGUCAAUCCUAUGGCCAUUCGAUCCAAUUUGGACGUCUACGGCGAGAAUGUACGCGUCUUGAUACCAGUCGAUACCAAGGAAUUCGGUCGUGUCAUGAUCGUUUGUAUUGGCGCCAUGAUGGUAGGCAGUACAGUCAUCACUGCAGAACCUGGACCCGUCUCAAGAACAGACGAGCUUGGCUACUUCAAAUUUGGUGGUUCCACCAUCUUGCUCAUCUUUGAGCCUGGUCGGUUUGAAUUCGAUACAGAUCUGGUGCAGAAUGCAACGGCGUCGCUGGAGACACUGUUGCGUAUGGGCAGUUCAAUUGGACACCCACCGGGUGUAGCUGAUGCCCAACCUGAGAAGAAGGAUAGUGUGACGAUGGCAGAGAAGGAAGAGGCGAGUCGGCAGAUUGCAGGCAGUAUGCCCAUGCCUGGCACUAAGGGCGAAGAUGGCGUGUGGGCGGCGUUGAAAGAUCCUGUGGAAGCGGCACGGAAGGCCAAAGAGGUUGUGUUGCCGCAGGCACAUCACGUAUCUUGA